AUGACUGAUCUUGGUGUGCUUCAUCAUUUUCUUGGCAUCGCUGUUACACGUGACUCUAAUGGUCUUUUUCUUUCCCAACGUCAGUACAUUCUAGAUCUUCUCAACCGCGCAGGCAUGAUUGACUGUCAGCCUGCUCGUAGACCUGUUGACACUAGCGCCAAACUCUCUGCUGAUGGCGAACCAUUCUCAGACCCAACUCUCUACCGUAGCAUUGCGGGUGCACUACAAUACCUUACUCUAACACGCCCAGAAAUAUCUUAUUCUGUCAAACAAGCCUGCCUAUAUAUGCAUGAUCCACGAGUUCCUCACUACAAUCACAUGAAAUGCACUCUUAGAUAUCUAAAAGGAACAUUAGAUUAUGGCCUUCACAUAAACACCACUUCACCUACCAGUUUGACAGCAUACUCUGACGCGGACUGGGCUGGAUGCCCCGACACUCGUCGGUCCACGUCCGGAUACUGUGUUUUUAUGGGUAACAAUUUGCUUUCAUGGUCUUCUAAGCGACAGGUUACGGUUUCACGCUCGUCUGCAGAAGCUGAGUAUCGAGCUGUUGCACAUGCAGUUGCUGAGACAGUUUGGCUACGGCAGUUGUUGGCUGAACUUCAUCGUCCCAUCCAGCAGGCCACUAUGGUUUAUUGUGAUAAUAUUUCAGCGGUUUACAUGUCCAGCAAUCCAGUUCAGCAUCGGAGGACAAAGCAUAUUGAGAUAGAUAUUCACUUCGUCAGGGAGAAAGUUGCUUUGGGCCAAGUUCGAGUUCUUCAUGUUCCCACUACAGCGCAGUUCGCCGACAUCUUUACCAAGGGACUGCCGACACAGCCGUUUCAUGACAUUCGUUUCAGUCUCAACGUGAUUGAACCCCACGUUGACACUGCGGGGGGAUGUUAG